AUGUCGAUAACACGAGGUAGUCUUUUAUUUCUGUUUGUCUUCUUCAAACAAACAAUUGAAAGUGAUAUACGAUCAGUUCGAAUGUCUUCAUUGGUUAAUUUUACUUUUCAAUGCGCGAAAACAACUUGUGCUCCAUUUGUUAAUCUCACCAAAUCCAACGUUCGUCAAUGUGAAAUGUCUUGUUUAGACCAAUUAGGUUGCAAGGCAAUUACCUAUCGAUCUGCGUCUCUCAAUUGUCAACUGUUCGACAAUUCCAUUAAUCAGAAUGGAAACAUGUCGUUCGAAAUGAAUGCGGUAACGAUGAGUGUCAUUUUAGGAACGAGAUUUCCGCUGGACUUAACCAGCACAUCUACGUCCACAACAACUUCCACAUCAUCGACAACAAGAGCACCGUCAGGAGCACUGACGAAAAAUAUGACUUAUGCACGGCAACGGCAUGUCGCAUCCGUCUUAGUAGAUGGCAGAGUAUUUGUUGCAGGUGGAGCUGUAAAUGGUCCAUGGAACAGUGCCGAUUUGUGCGAUCCAGCGACAGGUGUUUGGACAGCAACAGCAAGUAUGGCUGAUGGACGACAAUUUCAUACGGGAUCAUUCUUGACCGGUGGAAACAUAAUCGUUACUGGUGGAUAUUAUAAUAAUCCUCUUGAUAGUGUUGAGAUAUAUAAUUCCUCAACAAAUAAUUGGACGAAGGUAGCAAGCAUGAAUGCAGCACGAUAUACUCACACAGCAUCGGUAUUACUAAAUGGAAAAGUAUUAGUCGCUGGUGGAAAUGGUGCUGGCGGAGGUAAUAACUAUUUAAAUAGUGCUGAAUUAUAUGAUCCAGCGACGAACAGUUGGACAUAUACAGGAUCUCUAAAUUAUGCACGCCAAGCUCAUACAGCAUCAGUAUUAGCAAAUGGUAAAGUAUUAGUCACUGGUGGAAUGAGUGGUGCGAGUACUUUUCUCAAUAGUGCUGAAUUAUAUGAUCCAGCAAGUGGUGUUUGGACCUUAGCAGCAGGUAUGAGUGCCCAACGGUCAUCUCACACGGCAUCUAUGUUAAUGAAUGGAAAAGUACUAGUCAUUGGUGGGAAUAGCGGGUCUGGUGGUAUAACCAGUACUGAAUUAUAUAAUUCAUCGACGAAUACUUGGUCAAUAGGAGGGUAUUUGAAUGUUGGACGACAAGUGCACACUGCAACUGUCUUAUUAAAUGGGAACGUGUUAGUUACCGGUGGGCAGUUUGACAGUAAUAUUUUUUAUAGUAGCGUUGAAAUAUACAACGUGUCAUCAAACACAUGGAGACUCAACACCAAUAUGUCCAUUCCACGAUCUUAUCACUCUGCAUCGAUUUUACCUAGUGGAAUAGUACUACUUGCUGGUGGAGUCAGUUCGAAUGCCAAUUAUCUUAACACUGCUGAAUUUUAUUGA